AUGUCCAAUGAACCCUCGAUCAAUACAGGCGCCAGCGUGCAGCUGUGUACGAACUGCGAGAAGAUAGCGCUGAAGGACGACUGCCCCGCUUUCCAAGUAGUCCAUGAUGAGCAUGGCAAACCACAUCAUGUGUUCACAGCGCCCGAUACGUGGAUGGAGACUGAUUUUCAAGGCGAAGAUAAAUUUCCAGACCUCCCCGGGUUGCUUGAGUCUUCGCUUCAGGGCUGCACGUUCUGCGCGUUUUUCAAAGAGAUUCUGAGUUCCGAUCAAGCCCUCGCAGUAUUCAACCGUGAUAUUCACCCAGCACCACUCGAUUCCCCGAUCCCGAUACGAUAUCAGGUUUCGUUUGCCUGGAACUGCACCAACACCAAUGAAGACCAAUAUCUCGUGCUACAGGCUUCUUUCCCCUCUGAGAAUGUUAACCUCGAUUUGUUUUGUACUAUUCAAGCCUUAGAUGAGUGCAGGGAAUUGGCGAGCUGGCUAAGCUUAAGUGCACCAACACAUGAUUCAUACGCAAAUCAAGAGACUGUUGAAUGGAUGAGAUCGAGGCUAGAUCACUGCUGCGAGAAUCAUAGUUGUGGUGCAGAUCUAUUGGAGCGCGAAUAUUUGCCAGAUAGAUUGCUCGACGUUCAGAAGGAUAUCCCCAAACUCGUACUUCGUGACGAUAUAACUGUAUCCUGCCAGAAAACACCCAACUAUCUAGCUCUGAGCUACUGUUGGGGAACGAACGAAGAUGCAUCUCAUCAACCCAAACUCACAAAAGAUACACUCCAGCAGUUUCAGACUGGGAUAGACGAGCAGCAUCUUUCUGUUGUUCAUCGAGACGCAGUAUUUGUUGCAAAAGCUUUGUCUAUCCCUUACCUUUGGAUCGAUUCGCUUUGCAUUUUGCAGGACGACGAUGACCGCAUCGACUGGCAACGCCAAUGCGAGCAGAUGGAUAAGAUUUAUGGUUGUGCACAUGUCACACUGCUUGCAGCCGCUUCAGGCUCUUGUCGCCAGAGCUUCCUUCGACGAUCACAUGGCGUGCAAACUAUCAUACCAUUUCGAUCUGCUAUACAAUCAACUCAAAACGGCUUACUUCAUAUUGAGUUGAGAAAGGUGACCACAGUGCCCACAGAUAACGGAAAAAUCCAAACCUUGUUUGAUGACAUAUUCUUUUCUCGCCUGUCAAGGAGGGGAUGGGCUUACCAAGAGAGAAUUCUGUCCCGACGCAAGAUUCUCUUUGGAGAGUGGAAUUUCCACUACAUGUGCCCAACUGCUAAUCAAUCACUGAAAGGAUCAGAAAGAAUGGGGCCUUAUGAGAGAUCCCCAGGGCAAAUCAAACAACAACUGUCAAAAGGGUAUAAUUACGGGGAAUGGGUCGAGAUCUUUGAACUGGCAUCUAUGUUCGGCGGUCAAUCAUUCACAUAUCCUGAAGACAUCUUACCAGCUCUAUCUGGUCUAGCUCGACUAGUUCAAAAUGAUGCACACGAUGUGUACCUCGCCGGACAUUGGGCCCAGGAUUUAUUUCGAAGCUUAGCCUGGAGACGACCUCUCUUAACACAUACACCAAAAGAAGUACAUUUUCGGAGGACGUUCGGGCCUGGGCCCUAUACAGUACCAUCAUGGAGCAUUCUGUAUAAAGUGUUUGGCGAUCUAGACAACCCGUACCAAACAGGCCCUAGUGAUGUAAAAUCCGAAAUGGAAUCUUGUGUUGGACAAGUCGCCUUAGUUGGAACAGAUCCAUUUGGUGCCAUCAAGAAUGCACAUCUCGAAAUUCGAAGUCGCUGUUUCCAAAACCGGAUCGAUCAGUCAAUUGCCAUCAAGCAAAUUUUGUAUGCCACGUGGAAAAAUAGAUGGAGCGUGGUCAUUGAUUGGGACAGUCGCCGGUUCUAUUGUGGCAUAUGCCUUGAUUAUCAUCUACGAGUAGCAGACAUCAACCAAAAUCCGAAAAUGUGGCGAUGGGUACUUUUGGGGAGUGUCCAAAUACAGACGAUAUUGAACACUCAGACUACCAGCACAGACAACGACGGGGAGCCGGAAAGGUAUCCAUAUGGCCUGUUGUUACUUCAAGUCCCUGACCGACGAGAGUGGUACCGUGCUGGCGUUUUCGAACCAAAUGUCGCAGGUUUCAAGAAGGAACUCGAGCUAGCAGGUGAUCCUGAGUUGGAGCUUAUGACACUUGGCGUCUUCAAAGAGAUGUCUGAGAUUGAGACUAUCACUGUAAUAUAG